AUGCCAACGGAAACCAAACCGCCCCGCAAACGCCCCCCUUCCCCGCAGAAUUGGAAAAGAUUUGACGCAUGGAGCUCCGCUUCCACAGGACACCAGAAACACCGCGCUGCGUAUGCCGGGUCAGUAUCAUGGAGGGAUACCCGGUCACUGAAGCUUGAGCGACAGCUUCAAAUUGGAGAUUGCUUGCGCGAGGAAGACCAUGCGAACUCUGCGCAGACGUUGGCGUUCGAUGGGAUUUGCGCAUUGCAAUCGGUUCAUGAGGGGAAUUUAGAGGACGAGAAGAGUCCCGCAGAGGACAUCCUCAAAGACAAAUCUGUUGAGGGUCCCGGGGAAUGGAAAUGGGUUACAGAUGCGGAAGCUAAGAGAGCUCACAUGGGAGUGAAGGAUAUUCGCAGUUUCAUGGGUGUUAGCAAGCGGAAAGCCGGAGAUGAACUAGUGAGAGCGGAGAAGAAGAAAACGACACCGAGUCACCAUGUGAAUCGAUUGGAUACACACCGGGAUGGACACAGAAAUACGGACAGAUAUUCGGAUUCGAGGUCUGGUCCUUUAAUCGAGACUGCCCCGAAAAUAUUACCCUCGACCUUGCCACCAUCUAUCAAGCCUAGUCUGGAUGAUCAAAUGAAUUCUGCAUCUAGCGCUAUCUCCAUCUCUACGUCGGAACACGUUCCAAAAAUAUUCGCCGGCAUCACUGUCUUCCUCAAUGGCUCGACUCUCCCCCUUAUCUCGGAUCAUAAGCUCAAACAACUACUCGUUAAGCACGGGGCGCAGAUAUCUAUCUUCAUGGCGCGAAAGACAGUAUCCCAUAUGAUUGUCGGACAACCGAAUACUGGUUCUGAAGCUGCACACGGUGCUGGUGGUGGUCUUUCUGCUCGAAAACUGCAACAGGAGAUCGCUAGGGGUGGAUGGAAAGGCGUGAAGAUCAUCAGUGUUGAAUGGGCUUUGGAGAGUAUUAAUGCUGGGAAACGGCUUGCUGAGUUUCGGUUUGCAGUUUUGAAUGUUGCUCAGAAGGGACAGAAGAGUGUUGCUGGAAUGUUGGGGUUUCAGUGA